AUGUCAGGACCGCGGACAAGAAAGCAGGCCGCCAGGGAGGCUGCCGCCGGCGAACAAGCGACCACCACCAACGGCGACAACGGCACAGAUGCUCAGGGGGGAUUAGUGAAGAAUGAUGGAAUCGCGAUGAAGGAAAACAUAUUCGCCUUUUGGCCAAACAUAAUCGGCUAUAUCCGGGUCGUACUCGCGCUCAUCUCCCUUUACUACAUGCCACUGCACCCCAGGACAUGCACACUGCUGUACAGCAUCUCGUGCCUCCUCGAUGCGCUGGACGGCUACUUGGCGCGCCUGUUUGAGCAGUCGACGCGCUUCGGCGCCGUCCUUGACAUGGUGACGGACCGUUGCACGACGGCAUGCAUGUUGGUGUUUCUAUCCUCGGCGUUUCCGCGCUGGGCCAUUGUGUUCCAGGGUCUCAUCUCGCUCGACUUUGCCAGCCACUACAUCCAUAUGUACACGACGCUGGCGAUGGGAGGCUCGGACCAAAGCCACAAGAAUGUUGACCGUUCGAGGAGCUGGAUUUUGAACCAGUACUACACGAACAAGGUCGUGCUCUUUGUGUUUUGCUUCCUCAACGAAGCUUUCUUUAUUGCUCUGUAUCUCCUCUCAUUCUCGAGCCCGCUACUGUCACCCACCUUGCUGGGACAGGUCCCGCCUGGCGCGGCCGAGGAGAUUCUCAAGGGCAACCGCGAGGUGGACUCGUCUCUCCUGGGGCAAAUCUUUACGAACCCUUACAGCGCAGGCGCCUUGGAGCUUGCGCGCGCAAACAAGAUGGACUCUACCAUCCCGUGGAUUGUUGCUAUCGUCAGCUUCCCCGUCAUGUUGGGCAAGCAGUUCAUCAAUGUUGUGCAGUUUAUCAAGGCCAGCAAAUGGUUGGCAGAGGGCGACUUGGAGGCCAGGAGGGCGCAGGGGCUCCCGCGCGCAAAGAAGACGAUAUAA